GCAGUUGCAUUACAGCAUUCGGUGAAAGUGUAAGAGCAGAACGGAGCGCUUCCAUAAAAAAUAAUCACAACAUUAAUUUCCCUCCAUUCACGCACACAUGCCCACAUAGAAGUAAACAAAUUGGCAUUGUAUUGCUUCGUCUUUCACUGUGUGCCAGUAAUAAGUAAGUGCUCGUGGCCAAAAUCAAUGGGGCUGCUCUGAACGGCAGCAACUAUCAGUACCAAGUGGGCGAGCAAAGAACGCCAGCCGAUCCCCAGAUCCUACAUUUAUUGCUGGAAGAUUCGGAUAUGGUGAGGGUAUGGGGCACAAACCUGACAGCAAUAACCUGGGCCCAUGCGGUCAACAGUCAACAGCUGCUGGACGAGGCCCUCACAGAAACCGCUAACAUCGACUUUAUUGAGGCGGACAUUGUUCUGGGCAAACUAAAUGGCGAGGGCGAGGACAUGCCCGUCAUGGCCCAUCCGCCAGCAGUCGUCUCCGACCUCUCGCUAUCGGAAUUCCUUAACCAGAUCAUGGAAUUCAACCGGAAUCACGAGGGCCAGGAAAAGGGAGUCAAGCUCGACUUCAAGUCGAUCGAGGUCUUUGAGGGCUCCCUGGACAUUCUCGACGAGAGUAUUCCUAACAUGACCUACCCUGUUUGGAUGAACGCCGACAUCCUAAGUGGUCCCGUAGAUCAGAACACAACCGUGCCUGUGGAUGCGGAUCGCUUCUUCGCCGGCUGCAUGCGCUACAAGAAGGCGGCGCUCUCCAUCGGCUGGACAACCAACUGGGGCGCAGACUUCCGGGAGGGCGAGUACACGCAGGACCAAUGUGAUGCCAUGCUAGAGUCCCUGACCGCCAACAAUGUCCUCUCCACUGGCCAGGGCAUCACCUUUCCCGUGCGCGCCGGAAUAGCAGCCAACAGCCAGGAACAACUGCACCGACUGGUAGCCGCGGUCAACGAGACGAACGAGAGCACACUGACCAUAUGGUCAUCCGCCGGCGACUAUGUGGAUGUGGAUAAGUUGCGCCAGCUGAUCUUCGGCUUCGGGCUGGAACGAGUGUACUUGGACGUGCCGGAGGAGUUGGCCUCACAAUUGGAUCUGGGAAAUCCAGGCAACGGAGCCAGCACCUUCAAGUCCCUGUUCAGCUUUAGCUUCGUCAGCCUCUGCUUUUGGGCUUUGUCCAGCUGGUUGCAGCGGAUAUAAUAGAGGUCACUAAGUGAUUCAAGUAUGUAGGUACAACUGUCAAAGCAAAUUAAGAAAUUUGGUGCAAGAUCGUAAACGUAAUAAUGUGUGUAAUAAAGAGUUUUACUUUAAUA